AUGAAGAAAUCAAAUUAGUUUAAAUCUGGGAGUUAUGAUAGUUAUAUGAUUACAUGGUAAUUAUAUUAAAAUAAUUAUUGGAUUCCCUUAUACAAAUUAAAUGGACAUAUUGGUUAUAUCUAUUGUCUAAUAUUAAAUAACAAUGAAGAUUUAAUUGUAUCAGGAAGUCGAGAUAAUACAAUUAACUUUUGGAUGAAAAAGAAUGAAUUGCCGUGUUACUAAACAAUCAAAGAUCAUUCUAGUUCUGUAUAUGGCUUGAGUUUAAAUCAAUAAUAAAAUAAAGUUGUAUCUUGUGGUUAGGAUAAAUUAAUAUUAAUAAUGGAACAAUAAGGACAGAAUAAAGAAUGGAUUGUAAUAUAAAAAAUUACAAUUGAAAAAUGUGCACGUCGUGUAUGCUUUAUUGAUAAUAAUAUGUUCGCAUUAUCAUUAGAUGGGAAAGAAGAGAUAAAUAUUUUUGAGAUGAACAGUAUAUAUCAAUAGUUUACAAAGACUACAGAUAUUCAUGUAAAAUGUGGAUCAGAUGGUAAUUGUUUAUUUCCUUAAUAAUAUAUAAAUUCAAAAUGCAUCCUUGUGAGUAAGAAUGUUCAGUUACACGUAAUUGGAAAAAAUAGUUUUAUGAUUUUGGUUUAACUUCAGUUUAAACAUUUUGAUUGGCCUACUAAUAUAAACAUUUAAUUAAUUACAUAUUUUACCAAUAGCCAACAUCACCCAAUUCAUAGUGAAUUUAAUAUUUUCAAGAAGAUAAUCAUUCAAGGGAAUAUUCAAGAACCAGCUUGUUUCAAAAACCAAAAAGAACAUUAAUUUUUAACUCUCAUUUAUGAAGCUAAAAGUUACACCUGA